CGCGAGCGCGACAACGCCGGUCACUUUCAAUGGCGUUCUCCCUCCGGUCGAACCCGUGCACCAUUCUCAGCCUCAAUCCUCUGCCGAAACGGUCCGCCAUUUCUCGAAGCUUCCUCUACGUACGGUGUGGCCCUCGGGACAAUCGUGGACCUCUCGUGAAAGGUCGGAUCCUGAGCACUGAAGCCAUCCAUGCCAUCCAGUCCCUCAAACGUGCCCAUCGCUCCGGCUCUCUCCCGCACACCCUCCCUCCUCUCCGCCGUCUCCUGAAAGCCGACCUCCUCGCCGUCCUCCGGGAGCUUCUCCGUCAGGACCACUGCUCUCUCUCUGUCCACGUCCUCUUUACUCUUCGCUCCGAGUACCCUCCCCUCGACCUCACUCUCUACGCUGAUGUCGUCAACGCCCUCUCCAGGAACGGAUUACGGGACGAGAUUGACCGUCUCAUCGGUGAGUUGGACGGAAUCGACGGCGGAUACGACGCCGAUAAGCCUCUGGUGAAGCUGCUGAAGGCGGUGACUGGGGCUGGGAGGAGAGAAUCAACCGUCAGGAUUUACACGAUGAUGAAAAACGCCGGGUGGGGUUCCGCCGCGUGGGAAGCCGACGAGUAUGUCACCGAGGUUCUGAGCAAGGGAUUACGGCGGCUGGGCGAGGAAGAGCUGUCCGACGAGGUGGCCAAGAAACGUUAUGAUCGUUUUGCUUGCGCUUUCUUGUUUGUCGUCUGCAUGAUCAUCGAAAGAACGUGGAUUUGGAACUGUCUUCUAAUCUGUGGAUGCUUGCCAAUUUUGACAUCAUCUCUUCGUUUAAUCGGGACAGUCAUACGGGGGAUUCCUAUGCUCUUAGCUACAUUUGCAGUAAAAUUUAUACUUCUGCGGUACUGCUUUGUGCAUUUCACGUACAGCAAGUGUUUCUUAUCUGCAGUUUUAAUCAUUGUAUGCUUUCUACUUCAGCCACUUGUUGCCUUAAAAGUCUGGUAGAGUGACCAUUACAAGGAGGGUGCGACUUGGUUAUAUGUCUCCAAUUGCAUAGUUGGAUUUUAGCUUAGGGUUGUUGACACGAUGAUACGAUCUAUUAUUUCAUUUAAUCGGGAAAUAGGGACAGUGAGAUUCUGUUCUACAUAAUCUAUUGAUUUGCUGUUUGAACUGUAACCUUUAACAGUUUAGUUUCGGUGUCAUGAAACUGGACUUCUCUUGCUUUUCUUGUUUUACUGCACAAAGAUGCAUGCAUUCGGGGCUUUCGACAUUCACUUUCUUGGUAGAUGUCCGGUGAGAAAGAAGUGUGUUCUCUAAUGAUGGGAUUAGUAUCUAUACGAACAUUGCUUGAACGUGACUAAGGUGUUUCUCCUUAACCGCAGAUAUGAUUUGGGUUAGGCUUUGUUGCUGUUUUCGCCAUCGGUCAGUGGUUAGAAUUUGAAUGCUACCAGUGAUGGAACCUCAUGCAUAUGAGAGUUUUGCCAUGCUUAUGUGUUUAUGUAUGAUUCAUUUUGAUGGAUAAGAUGGUGAUGUAUUUAGCGAUUAGCCUGGAUUUCUUCUCUUUUUUUGGU